UUGACUGUUGGAGGGUUUCAGGUGCUCUGCUGCCUCCUUGUUUGCUACAAAUAUGGAUCAAGUUCAUCCAACCACAGAUGACUAUCAGGACGAAUAUGACUAUGACAAUUACACCAUGGCCUUUGACACAAGCCAGAGUUACGUCCCGUGCUUACAGGACGAAAUCUACAGGUUUGCACAGAGGUACUCCCCCAUCGUUUACACUCUGGUGUUCCUCCUGGCUUUUGUGGGCAACGUUCUGGUGCUGUGUGUCAUCCAACGCUACCGAAACUCUCAAAGAGGAGGAGCCUGCGCCUUCUCUUUGACCGACACCUUCCUCCUACACCUGGCCAUCUCUGACCUCCUGCUGGCCAUCACCCUGCCCCUGUUUGCGGUGCAGUGGGCUCACCAGUGGGUGUUCGGCUUGGCUGUUUGCAAGAUCUCCGGUGCUCUCUUCUCCCUGAACCGGUACAGCGGCAUCCUCUUCCUGGCCUGCAUCAGCUUUGACCGCUACCUGGCCAUCGUUCAUGCCGUCAGCUCCGGCUGGAGACGCAACACCUGCCAUGCCCAGAUUGCGUGUGCCCUCAUCUGGGUGUGCUGCCUUGGCCUCAGCGGGGUGGACAUUGCCUUCAAACAGGUAGUGGAGGUGAACACUGUGGGCAAUCAGAAGGCCUUCCUAUGCCAGGUGUGGUUCACUCAGAACUCCAUGCAGUGGCAGGUGGGGCUGCAGAUGAUCAGUGUUGGCCUGGGUUUCGGGCUCCCCUUAUUGAUCAUGCUCUACUGCUACCUCCGCAUCUUCAGGUCUCUCUGCACCGCCACUCGCCGCCAGAGGCGCAAGUCUCUCCGCCUCAUCGUCUCCUUGGUGUCCGUGUUUGUCAUCUGCUGGGCGCCGUACAACUGCUUCCAGCUGGUAGACAGUCUGCACAAGUUAGGCGUGGUAACUGGAGGUUGCCAGUUUGGCCACGUGGUGGACAUUGGGACUCUGAUCUCUGAGAGCGUGGGGCUGUCGCACUGCGCCCUGAACCCUCUGCUGUAUGGCUUCGUCGGGGUGAAGUUCAGGAGGGAGCUGGCCAGAAUGUGUAAGGGGCUGCUGGGACAGAGAGGCUUGAUGGGGAUGGAGAGAUAUAAGCAGAGGAGGCUCAGGAAAACCACCGGAUCCUUCAGCUCUGCAGAAAGCGAAAACACCUCCUACUCUGUUAUGGUGUGAAAUGAGAGACAGGAAGAGCAAGGUGUUUUUGUUUUUGUGUGGGCGUGCGUGCGUGUGUUACGGUUGAGAGAAAAAUAGAAAGUGAGCUUGAGUGGAUUCAGAAAAAGAAAGGAUUCAAAUAUGUAUUAUAAAUUCAGCUAAAUAAGGACUUUAAAAUGUUCUCAGCGGGAAAAGUAAACACUUUUCUUCCAUUGGUGCUUCGAUAUCUGAUUGUUUGUAUGGUGCAGCUUCAAACAUGGUAGCCUACUUUUUCAUUUUUUGAGUAUGGAGUUAAACAAGACGCCACAUACUGACCCGGUCAUCUCACUUUUUUCGUGAGAACUGAUUUUGAAGGGAGAAUUGAUUUUUGUGUCCAUAAGUCAAAUCUUGUGAAACGUCUAUUUCUUCAUACUCCUAGAAAAGCUUGUUCAGCAGUUGUGAUGCAACUGUGGCCUCAGUAGUCGGCCUCAUUUCUCACAUCCUUUCACUCAGUAGAUAUUAUCAACAGAUUCAACACUGUGUGCGGCAAAACAAGUUUCAGAUGUUCAAACAGUGAAAAUGGUUGUGUUGAAAUUCCCAUUUCUCGUUUUUAAAAUGUGAUCCAUAUACAGCUUUGAGACUCUUUAGCAGUAUCACUCGUUUUGAAUUUUGUGUAUUACCUGAAAACCCAUGAUG